AUGGAUCAAACAUUACGUCCAUUGAAUAUUCCACCAGAAUUUCUGCUGUAUGCAGAAAAAAAUGCUCUAUUUGAAUUAUUUCAGCGAUGUAUCUCAUCAUUACUCAUUGAUCGACCUAGUGAUCCAAUAACAUAUCUUAUUGAUUUACUCAAAAAAGAUUCUGAUGCACCGAAAAUUAUUAUUCUCGGUCCGCCAGCAUCUGGUCGUCAUACAAUAGCUAAAAUGUUACAGAAAAAAUUAAAUGCUGUUUUAAUUGAACCAGAAGAACUUUUACGAGAUGUACCAAGUAAAUUAAGAGAUAAAUUACCAGUUAAUGCAACUGUUAAUAAUAUUUCAUCAUCAUUAUGGACUCAAAUAUAUGAAGAACGUUUAAAAGAUUUUGAUUGUAGUCGUCGUGGUUGGAUUUUAGUUGAUUUUCCAAUGAAUCGUGAACAAACAUUAGCAUUACAAGCGAAAGGCAUAUGUCCAAGACAUGUAGUAUGUUUGGAAGCACCUGAUACUGUUAUGAUUGAACGUGCAGCUGGAAAAAGAAUUGAUUCAAAAACAAAAGAUAUUUAUCAUAUAACAUGGAAUAUUCCAAAUUCACGUGAUGUUCAAGAACGUUUAAUACAAUUAGAAGAAAAUUCUGAAAAAAUAAUGGUUUUACGUUUAAAAGAAUAUCGAAGAAAUAUUGGUGGUAUUAAAGAUUGUUUUAAAUCAAUAUUACGUUCAGUUAAUGCUGAUCAACCAUUAAAUGAUGUUUAUUUACAAGUAUAUACAUAUACAAGUAAAAAACCACGUUCGAUUGCACCACGUACACCACGUAUUGUUAUUCUUGGUCCAACUGGUAGUGGACGAAAAACAGUAGCAAUGCAGGUUUCACGAAAAUAUGACAUACCUAUUGUAUCAAUUCCAACACUUAUUAAACAACAAAUUGUUAAUAAAACACCAGCUGGUGUUAGCAUGAAAUCUUAUGUUACUCGAGAAGCAUUAGUUCCGGAUAGUUUAUUAAUGCCAAUUAUUAAAGAUCGUUUAAAUCAAAAAGAUUGUAUAGCUAAAGGUUGGAUAAUGAUUGGUUUUCCUCGUACACGUGAACAAGGAGAAAGUUUAGCUCGAAUACCUGGUUUAGCACCCAGUCGAGUUUUCUUUUUGGAUAUUCCUCUUGAUAUUGCUGUGGAACGUUUAACUCAACGAAGAUUAGAUCCAAUAACAGGUGAUCGUUUUCAUACUCAUGAACAUCCACCACCAACACAUAAUAUAAAAGAACGUUCACGUCAACAUCCAACUGAUGAUAAAGAAGUUGUACAAAAACGUUAUCAAGCAUAUACAAUUUAUUAUGAUGAAUUACAAGAUUAUUAUUCUGAACAAGAUGGUAUUCAUAUUGCAGCUGAUCAAGAUACUUAUACUGUAUUUGAAGCUGUCGAAGCAGGAAUCGUUAAUCCAUUAAAUAAAAAUGGAUUUUAG